GCAGCUAAGGGUAGCACCAGAGCCCUGCACACCAUGCAGAGGAAAGGAGGUGCUCGGUGCGCCCAGGUUUCAUCAGAAGCCACUCCGUCAGGCCCGGUCUAGAGCGCACAGGCCGACUUGCCUGUGCCCUGUUCGAACCGUGCCCUGAGCACCUUCCCCUCCCGGCACCAUCCGUCCCUCAGCAGCCAGGAGUUUAUGAGCGGAGGCUGAUUCCAGCGAGGCGGCAGAACUUUAGGAGGCCUCUCCCAAAAGCCAGCUACGUCGCCGUUAGCCAAGGUUUCUCGUCAAGGACCUAACCUCCCCUCUAGACUUAGUGUACCAGAGGCGUCGCAACAACGACCUCUGCUUGCGCGCCUCAGCGAGGCGGGCGCUGACAUUUUUAAGGACGCACUGGAAAUCCCGGGCACUCUCCCGCCGGUGGAGAAGGCCAAGAGAAAAUGUGCGCCAAUCAGGAUGCAAACUUGGAGGACGUUUGCCGUAAGGACCAAUAAGAGGGAAGGUGGGCGGGACCAAGGGCGCUGUUUCGCUCUUGGGAUUUAAAGCUCAACGGCCGACCGUUAACAGCAGGUUCGGCGCGUGGGCUGGCAGUGCCCCUGCGCAAACUUCGGAAACGCUAACGAAACCUGCGUGCUCCGCUGGCGACUGGCAGGACGCGGUGCGGAGAGCGGGCUUCGGCGACGCGGGUUUUUUUUUUUUUAACUUGAAUGCAAAUACCAAUCAAAGCACAUUGAAACAAGAAGGUCCUACAGUGUAGGAAAGCAAUGAAACAACUUGCACCUGAUGGACAAAAAUGGGCCAGUAUGGAUCCAGAAGAGCAAAUGUUGGCAGCUGCUGCAGCUUUAACCCACAUCUAUGCAGGACAGGGUAAAGGAGAUGUCAGGAGAGAAGCCCAAUCUAUCCAAUAUGAUCCCUACAGUAAAGCUUCAGUAGCCCCAGGGAAGCGACCUACUCUUCCUGUGCAACUACAGUACCCACGUGUAGAAAGUAGUAUCACUUCAGAAACAGUCUCUGAGGCCUCCCAAAGACUCCGAAAGCCAGUGAUGAAGAGAAAGGUGCUGCGUAGAAAGCCAGAUGGGGAAGUAUUAGUGACAGAUGAGUCGAUUAUCAGUGAAUCAGAAUCUGGUACAGAAAAUGAUCAGGGUCUCUGGGACUUAAGACAAAGACUGAUGAAUGUGCAGUUCGAGGAAGACAGGGAAUCCUCAUUUGAUAUUUCGCAAAAAUUUAAUCCACCACAUGAAUACCAAGGAAUUUCUCAAGAUCAGCUCAUUUGCUCUCUACAAAAAGAAGGAAUGGGCUCUCCAGCUUACGAACAAGACCUGAUUGUUGCCAGCAGACCCAAGUCCGUUAUUCUCCCAAGGCUGGACCAGUUAAGCCGAAACCGGGGCAAGACAGACCGGGUAGCCCGGUAUUUUGAGUACAAACGGGACUGGGACUCAAUGCGCUUACCUGGUGAAGAUCAUAGGAAGGAAUUACGCUGGGGUGUCCGAGAGCAGAUGCUCUGCCGAGCAGAGCCCCAACCCAAACCUCAGCACAUAUAUGUCCCGAACAAUUACCUAGUACCAACAGAGAAGAAAAGGUCUGCACUCCGUUGGGGUAUUCGUUGUGACCUUGCAAAUGGUAUCAUACCCAGGAAGCUUCCCUUCCCUCAAUCUCCUCCUUAAAUCUUUUUUAAACUGUCUUCUUUCACAGGAUUGUUUGAGAUAACCUGGCUCUUUUUAUCUUUCCUUUUAAAUAGAAACAACUGACUUGAAAAGCUCAUAGAACAUUUUACAGUAAGGACUUCACCUAUCACUGGUCUUUCCUAGCUGUAUAUCACAUUGGUAUCAUAUAAAACUUCCAAAUUAACACUCAAAUCCAGCAAUUGCAAGAUAAAUCAGAGAAAGAAAAACAGACCUGGUCUUUCUGUUUUGUCAAAUUAGUAUUUUGCCAAAUCAGUAAGGGCCCUUUGUGUCCUAUAACCUUUUUUACCUAUGGCCAAUGUGAGUUGCUGUGCUUUUAUGUUUGUUUUUUAAGUUGCUGGGCAUUACAUUUAUCAAUUAAAGAAUUUUGGAAAUUCA